AUGGAGCGGGAGAGGAGCAAGGGGGAGAGGCGCGAGGUGGAGCUCGCUCUCGCCGCGUCCCGCAUGGGCCGACGCGGCGGGGUCAGUGGGGGGGCAUCCGGGGGUCAAAACAGCGGUCACGCAGCAGCUGGCGGCCAAGAUCGCGACGGAGAGAAGAAAAAGGGUGGCGUGUUCAACGACGACCCCGACGGAUACUGCCGCAACCACCAGUCCGAGCUUCACACCAACGAGCAGUGCCGUUUCCAGCAGCAACUGCGGCGCGCGCGUUCGAGAGAAGGCGCCGAGGAACGCCGCUCGGGCGGCGGCAGCCGCGGUCGCCGCGGUAGGCUNGAUGCCAACAAAGACAUUGCUCGUGGCCUGCCCUCUUCGUUGUAUGCCGUACAAAAAGGAAUACUGCUUGCCCGUGAUGUCCUGACGUUGUGUACCCUUGAGGCUGUGGUGAGGGACGCCCACGUGGAAAUGGAGCGGGAGAGGAGCAAGGGGGAGAGGCGCGAGGUGGAGCUCGCUCUCGCCGCGUCCCGCAUGGGCCGACGCGGCGGGGUCAGUGGGGGGGCAUCCGGGGGUCAAAACAGCGGUCACGCAGCAGCUGGCGGCCAAGAUCGCGACGGAGAGAAGAAAAAGGGUGGCGUGUUCAACGACGACCCCGACGGAUACUGCCGCAACCACCAGUCCGAGCUUCACACCAACGAGCAGUGCCGUUUCCAGCAGCAACUGCGGCGCGCGCGUUCGAGAGAAGGCGCCGAGGAACGCCGCUCGGGCGGCGGCAGCCGCGGUCGCCGCGGUAGGCUGCGAGGGGGUAGACCGCCGCCGGGGCCCGGCCGCGGUGGCGGGCGAUGGGCGUACGUUGUGUACUACGCCCACGAUGAUGAUGGCUACAAUGAAGACUACGGCGACUACGACGAUGGAUACUACUACGACGACGGCUACCACGACGACGGGUACGCCCACUACGCCGGCGGUGGGGACAGCUACAGCUAUUCCUCCGGUACCUUUUCGGCGUCCGAGUUUGUGUGUGUGGGUACUCUUCCGGGUAUGGACCUUGGAGAUACAAGUUGUNUUGCUCUCGGUUCGACUGAAAAGUCCGUUGACAUCGACCGCUUCCAUCGCUCCCUUGCCCACGCUUGCGAGCCUCUUCUGAGAGAAACUGACCAGCAGAGAGGCAUCAUGCUCACGGGCAAGCUGGUACCGUGCACGGACUGCAUGAGGGCGAAGGGCAGGCGAGGGUCGGUGCCGCGGGGGCCGGGAGCGCGGGCGUCCAAGCCAUUCGGGCGUGUUCACGUGGACCUGUGUGGACCGCUGGUGCCUUCCCUGGGCGGCAACCUCUACCUGUUCGUCGCCGUGGCCAGUGCCUUGCGGUGGAACAAGGUCUACGGUCUCCGGCGGAAGUCCGACGCACUGGCGGCAACGAAAAGGCUGCUGGCGGACGUGGGGCGGUACGACCUCGGGCGCAUCGAGUGUGUCCGCGUCGACAACGGCACCGAGUGGACCCGCGGCGACUUCCGGCGUUUCUGCGACGACAACGGCAUCGGCAUCGAGUCCACCCCGCCUGGCGUCCCGCAGUACAACGGCGUCGUCGAAAGCGCCAUCUGGCGCAUCAUGAAGGCCGGCAUGGCCGUUCGCCGCAGCGCUGGCCGUGUGCUCAACGUCGACUUCACCUCCAUCUCCGGCCUCGACGAGCGCGGUGACCGUCUUUGGAUGGAAUUGGCGAAAUGGGCCGCCGACGCUGUCAACCAGUUGGCGACCAAGGCCAACCCCGGGCGGCGCUCGCCGCACGAGAUUUUCACCGGCGAGCAGGGGCCGUUCCGCGUGCUGCCGUUCUUCCAGCCCGGCUUCAUGCGCGAGGAUCGCCGCACCAAGCUCGACGACCAGGCCACCCUCUGCUACUACCUGAACGGCGGCGACAACCACCCGAGCGGCACCGUCAAGGUCCUCAAGGCGUCCACCGGCCGCGUCGUCUACACCAACAACGUGUCGUGGGUGACGUCGGCGCCAGCCGGCGAGGGGGGUUCCGCUGGUAUCACCGCUGCGCCGACACCCCCCCCGUUCACGCCGCCGGUCGUCUCGAUCAACUUUGGCCCAGCACCGACGCCUUCGACCGCCACACCGCCACCGCCAGCGCCCACGCCGUCGCCCGCUCCCGCUCCCGCUGCCUCUUCGACCCCUGCCGCAACGCCGCCGCCAGCGACCACGCCGCCGCCCGCUCCCACGCCUUCACAGCCGCCCUCUGCCACUUCGCCGUCACCGUCGGCGACCCCCGCUCCUGGCCAGCCGUCCUCUGCCUCUCCGCCGUCACCGUCGGCGACCCCCGAUCCAGACCAGCCGCCGCCGCCGCCGGACCCCGCGAUGCCCCCGCUUACGGCUCACGCCCUGCGGCAGCUUCGCCCGGGUACAAAGGCCGAGGGUAUGACAGACCCGCGGCUGCCAAGCCGUACGAGAUCGGGCACGAGGCACAGCACAGGACUCAUCUCGAUGCUAGACAGGAACACUCUGGUGUCGAUGCUGGAGGCUCGGAGCGCGGUGGAUAAGGAGCGCAGGGAGCUGGGGGGGGCGGAGGCCGGAGAGCCGGGGGGAACGGGGGCCGGAGAGCAGGCGGGAGCACUCGCAGCAGUGGACCCGGCGGCUGCAGGAGCGGGCUUUCCACUCGCAUUUGCCACGCUCCUCGCCAACCGGGAAGACAUCGACGCCACGCUGCGAGACCAGCGCCCGCCGGAGCAACGCCCUGACCUUCCGCAUUGCCAGGCCAGCGACCUUCGUGUCCCCAAGAGCUACAAAGAGGCCAUGGCGUCGGAGCACCGGCACCUUUGGAGCGACUCUAUGCAAAGGGGGUUUUAUGGCUUGUUGGAAGCGGGGACUUUUACUCCGGCGAAGAUGUUGGCUGCUUUGGCGUGCGAGUUGAACCUCGACUUGUAUCAUUUCGAUAUUGAGCAAGCUUUUGUGCGUUCGGAGUUGGAGGAAGACGUGUACAUGCGUUUGCCGCAGGGAUGUGGAGCUCUAUCUGGAAUGAUUGUAAAACUAGGCAAGAGUCUGUAUGGCUUGAGACAGGCAUCUAGGCAGUGGCAUGCAAUGCUGAAGAGGUGUUUGGUGGCGUUAGGAUUUGAGCAGUGCAUGGCCGAUGCUUGUGUGUUUCGUUUGAUUGAGGAUGGAUGUGUUGUUUUGAUUUUGGUAGUACAUGUAGAUGACAUUUUUGCUGUGGGAGAGAGGGAGAGAUGUGACAAGCUUGGCGCCGACCUUAACAAAGUGUAUGGAGUAGUUGGAGGUGAGAACGUUCCGAUGUCUUCGGGGGUGAAGCUUCCUGAUUUUGAUGCGGAUGAGAUGGAGACAGACUAUCCGUUUCGUCAACUAGUCGGAUCUUUGAUGUGGCUGGCGACUCAGACUAGACCAGACAUUGCGAAUGCAGUAAGGGCAGUAGCUAGGUAUUGCUCAUCUCCAAAGCAGGUCCACUGGGAUGCAGCGAUAGGUAUUUUAGGGUAUGCGAGGAGGACGAGUCACUUCGGUAUUUCACUUCAGAGACGUACCGUAGAGGGAUUCAGCUUGCAGGGGUACGCUGACGCGGACUUUGCAAGCAAGGCAGCAGACCGUAGGUCGGUAUCAGGGGGGAUCGUGACGUGUGGAGGAGGCGCGGUGUCUUGGUUUUCUAGAACGCAGAAGUGUGUUACGCUUUCGACGACAGAAGCAGAGUACGUCGCGCUUGGUGACGUGGUGAACGACAUGUUGUUUUUGAGCCAGAUUUGGCAUUUCAUGUUGCCGCAGGUCGGCAUGCCGUGCAUCCCAGUCUUCGAGGACAAUCAGGGGGCGAUUCAACUAGUGCAGAACCCCAUCUCAAACUCGAACUCGAAGCACAUAGAUGUAUGGCACCAUUUUCUCAGGGAACUGGAAGAGAGGAAGGAAAUUUCGGUGAUCCACGUGCCGUUGCCAUACCAGCGUGCAGAUAUUCUUACGAAGAGCUUGCCGACGGACACUCCCGAGUCUCACGUUGAUUUUGUGAUGAAUUUGGCAUGA